AUGAUGAGCCAAAGUGGGAAGAUCUCGGGACCCGAUACAAGCCACAUGGAUACGUCCUGCCCCUCUUCGAAAGACGCAAUCAAUGAGAAGAGUGAAACACAACCAGAGGAUACAACUCAAAGGAACUCAAUUAGGCAACAUAAAAAUGGCACCCUUGCAUUUGCCACGAGUAAUUUUUCAAACGAAAGGAGUAACGUAACCAUGGUCCAUGAGGAGGGGACGAACACGUACGAUCAAUUCGUAGUAGAACUCCCCUCUAAAACUGACACCAAUCCGAAGGUAGUAGAAGCACCCAGUGAAACCCACGGGAAGGGAACUAGUCCCACCAACGCAGGUGAGAAAAGGAAGAGUCAACCCCCUAACGAGAAGAUGACCUCCACAAUCUCCUCCACCAAAACGUACGCCGAAAGGGUGACCCAUGAAGGCAAGGCCAACGAAACGGGGGUGAACGAAACCAAGACCAAUGAUGACGUGGUCGAAAAAGAUGACAAUCCCGUCACCGACGAGGAAGAACCCCAAUUGGGACGCCCAGCAAGCGAUUCUCAAAAUUUUCCCAACGAAAAAAAAAAAAAAAAAAGGAAGAAAAAAAAAAAAAAAGGCAACACCCCUCAUGGGGUUAGAAAUGCCCCCACGAAUGAAAGUAUGAAGGAACAGGCCAAAGGCGAAAGUAGCCUCCAGUACGACUCCUGGCACGAGGUGGACGAUCCGUCCAACCGGAAUACGCCAACCAAAGACGAUAACCCCAAUGGAAGUGACUCACUCCGGGGGGAUACACAACGGGGAAAGGACCCAACAAGCGUGGAUAUGCCAACCAACGAGGACACACCAACCAAUGCUAACCACAACAGGAAAAACCCACCAGACGGAUGGCCUAAGAAAAAAAUAACCCUCCUUAAGAGGAACGAAAUGAAGUAUGAGAAAUACACAGGGGGCGGAAAUUAUCCCAUAGGAAGUACCCCUACUGGAGGGAAGAAUUGGCACCAAGACACAUCUCAGAAGACACUCGAGCAGAGAGAAAAGGAAUAUAGAAAAAUACGAGCGAGGAUUUUUUCCAACUUUAAUAAAAAGAAAAAUAGCUUAAAACUCCCUGAUGACUGCAUGUUCAAGGACUGUUCUAACGGUAUGCAGGAUGCUAACACAGCUAGCCAUUUCGCCAUGCCGGUAGGAAGUCCCUAUGGCGCACCGGCUAACAACCCUUACGGCGCAAUGAUGAACAGCACUUACGAUACAGCAAUUAGCAAUGUCUACUCCUGUGCGAUGAGUGGACUGUACGGAACAAACUUUUGUAACCUCCCCCCUAGUAACCAUGACGGCCACCUUUACACACAUAAUGGUAUGCACUUAAGCAGGAUGAAUGCGGCAAACGAUGUGCCUCCACCACCACCGAGCUUCUUCCCCACCAGUCAAACAGUUUACGCAAGUUAUAUGUACGAUAUGCAGAACCAGUCGAGCUUUUCCAAAACGGGUUCUCCCUUCCCCUUCCCCACCGAAUCGAACGCGAACUGUUACCCCCAUUAUAAGAAUAUCAACUUCCUACCCGGCAGGCGUAACCUCCCCAAUCGUGGAAAAGCGCAAAUGGCAGAUAAUUGCACCAAGGGUGAUGUAGGCAAGGACAAUCUAGUAGGUAUGAACCAAUACGAACUGAACAGUGGCCGUUACAACAGUGGAACGUAUAUGGACGGAGUGUAUACCACGGGUACCUACAACAACGAUGGGCAUAACAACGGUUUGUAUGCCUGUGGGUUGCAGAGUGGAAUCCCCCCAAGUGACCCCAUGCAAGGCACUGCACUGAUGAACCACCCAAAACAGAACAGCCUCACGAACAUCACACACGUAGAUUCGUUUAGCCAAAUAGCUAGCCAAAUUAAACUUCCUAACGUAGGCAGGACAACGUUCAAAGGAAAUCACUUUACUUCCUUAAGUAAGAAUAUGAACCAAGACGUUUGCAAAAAAAAUAAACCACCAAUGGAUAAACGGAUCAAUAAUAGCACGAGGAAGAAAGGGGCAAAUGGAAUUCAUCACAAUGUCAUCUCUGCUGAGGUGCCAAGGCAGAUGGACUUCCUUCACGGGGGGAUGGAAAACAUACACAACUCUGCAACUGUCGUCAGUGGGGGAUCCACUUCUCGGAGGAAGAAAAAGGAAAACAUCAGGGGUGACAAUGUCAGUUCCAGUGCCAGUGCAAAUGCAUGCACAAUGAAGAACACCAACUUGGUGAACACCCCCCCGUUGAAUUUCCUCACCAAUGAUAUGCACCCCUUGGGAAAUAUAAACCAAAAGACGACUGACCAUGUAGAAAGUGCGAAAGGAAGGCGAAUACAACCAGGUGCUCCCCCAUUUAACGCCAAGGGGGAGACCCACCCCAUGAACCAGCAAUCUUAUUGCACUGAUCAAUCAGCGGUCACCCCCGAGGAACAAUUAGAACAACACACAAAUGAAGAAGGCGCUCUGGGUGAACAAACUAAUUCCAAGAGAGAACAAAAAAACGCAUGCCCCGUUCAGGUAAAUGUGCCAAAUGAGGCACAGGGACUUCCCCCACCGCCACCCCACUACAAUGAUUCACGACCCGGAAGGGAUAACCAAUUAGGAGGUGCAAAAACCACCACGAAUGACAGUAAAGACACACAUAUCAAUGUAACCUGCUCAAAUGAGGGAGGUAAGAAUGGACCCCCUCCAAACCUAGACGACAUGACCGAUAACGCAGAACCGAAGGGAAAGAAGAAAAGGAAUGCCAAAAGGAAGAAAAAAAAAAAUGCGCAGGGUGAUAUGGCAAAGGGGACGGUUACCACGAUGGGAUCAUCCAUUGGGCCACCGAUCACCACCGUCACCACCACUCCGACCAACGGACCAAUGCCAAGUACCACUUUCCUGCAAAAGUACAAAGACCCCCUCCUUGCCAUAGACGAACUAGAAUACUGCAGGGAUAUAACCCUAUACGAAAGGAGAUUCGACAGGGGGAACAACACUUUAGAAAACACGAAGAGGUACGAUGUAGACUUCCCUUCUUUGUAUUAA